UUGCAAGGCCAGCCAACCUGCAUAAAAAUGGUGGCGCCGUAUAUUGUAGAAUUUUGAACUCCGGAUCUUGCAUUUUUGUUGAGAGAUUCUGUAUUAAAUCGGAAUUCGAUAAAUCCAAAGAAACCUAUAAGCUGGACUAUGGCAGAGAAUUUUAAACAACCGAAUGUGACACUUAACACAGAAAAUGAGGCCGCAAUUACGGACCCGUCCUCCAUAUCUGCUGAAGAAAUCCAAUUUUACCAGUUGAUGCUCGGUGAUGAUCUUGCUGCUGUGCGCUAUGGGAGACUUCACUGUACGGCAUGUGAUGUUCACAUUGGUUCUGCACCAUCACAAGCUAACAACAUGUUUUCCCACCCGGUCCUCCGUGUUUUGUUAUGUGCUGCUUGUCGAGAAUUCUAUGGUGAUGGAGUCUUUGAACAAGGGGAAGAUGCCACAGACAUGUUUUGUCGAUGGUGUGCCAAUGGUGGCAACCUUUACUGCUGCUCUUACUGCAGUAACACAUUUUGCAACAAAUGUAUCAGACGUAAUUUUGAUCCUAUGGUGAGAAAAAAGAUCGAGGAAGAAGAACAAUGGAAAUGCUUUGUCUGUAAUCCGGCGGAUCUCUAUAGUGCCAGAGGUAUUUGUUGGGCCUUAUUGCAGCAUGUCAAAACUGUGACUGGGACACUAAAAAACGAUCCAACCUUAACCAGAGAGCAGUUGAAGGAAAAAAUGGAUCUGGAUGACUCGAAGUGCUGCAGGCGCAAGCGAAAAUCACGGUCUCAAAAAUUCAGUGGCAACGCGUCAGACGAAGAAGACGAAACUUAUAUCCCGCAUGUUGGGGAUACGUCAGUUGCAGCAAGACGUAGAAUUUCGGGAAAAUCACCUCGUCCUUCGCCACUUACUAACGGUCGGGAAAUUCAGCAAACGCCUAAACUCGUGAAUGCAGUACCAGUACCACGAGGCACCGAUACUUACGUUGAGGAAGAUGAGCUACCCAUGAUUCCCUGUGUUCAAUACAUGGUUGAAGGUGAUAGCGACGAAACUGUUCACGAAUCAAUUGCUACCCUAUUUACGCCGACCUCAGGCAAAGAGACCAGUGGUGCGCCACCCCUGCAAAUCAAUCCUAUACCGACAGCUAAUCUGCUCAAAGUUACGUCACUCCCACCGCUGAGACCUUUGAGUAAUACCGCGAGUUCCAAACGCAAACGCCCUGGUUUGUUCCGAAAAAUUUUACCUGUCGCGAGUCCCCAGUUUUUCUCACCUCCAAACUCUACUCAUCAAAGUUCGAUAUCUCCCAGCGCCCCUACUGUUAAAUACAGUCCUCUACCUAUCAGGGCUCCGGAUCUUCCUCCUAAUAUUCCUAUGGUUGAGAUUCCGGGUCCUCCAACUUCUCCAGUUCCUACAGCUUCUCCAGUACCUCCAGUGCUCAUUAGCAAACAGUCAUCUCAAAUUUCACUGCCAAAAUCGCAACAGGCUGUAGCUGCACCUUCACCUUCUGUCCAAGAAGUUAAAGUUAUUGAAAUCGACAGUGAUUCGGAUGAUGCUACACCUACUCUCGCGAAUGGAAAGGCUGUACCGGUGCGCAACAAUCCGACACUUUCGAAGAUUCAGCUGCUUCCAAGCUCGUCAGUGAUUUCAAAGUCCAGAGAACCAAUUAUCAAGAAAAAACCUGAUAGGAGUAACGCAGUUGAAACAGAAAUCACAUCGCGGACUGAAGAAGUGAGGGCGUUGUUCAGAAUGAUCUACACAAAGCUGAAGAUGAUUCAAUUACGGAGUGUACCACAUCAAAAUAGAUUCAGAGCCACACGUAAUAAAACUAGGCGAUUUCAUCUCGCGAUGGUUAAAGCCAUUGCCGAACUUACUGAUAUCAACGACAAAGUUAUACACAAGUACAGUAACUGGAGAGAACCUAUGUUAAAUCGCACUGGACAGACGCACAGCCAAGAUGACACAAGCUGCGAAAUGUCAAGGAUGCAAAAAGGUACGAUUCCGCUAGACAUGAUUUGUACGAAUUCGGACUCGGAAUCAGACUCAAGCAAUGAUUACGACUCAGAUGGUAUGUAUAUAGCCGGUAAAUUGAAGGGCAUGCAAUCAUUCCAAGAAAGAGACACGGUCGAUGUCGGAGUCGGCGAUACGAUUCAAACUGCGGACAAAUGUGUGCAAGCUUUCGACGUCAUAGAACGCGAUUAUGAAAAGUGUAUCGGGCAUUCUGUCUUGACAAAAGUUGAGUACGACCCCGCGGAUGGGUCCGAAAUAUUGAAACCUGUUAUCGUGCCUGCGGAGUACAAUGGUAAAUACGAAGAACAGUUCAUAUUCUAUCUGCAGCACAGAGAGGAUAACGAAAUUGAGACUGACGACACAAAGGGAUUGCCCGAUCCAAACGAAACACCACUAAAAGAUUUGAUCGAGGCCAAUUCUCCUUUUGUGCAUGAAAUGCUGGAGAGUAUAGAAUCGUCAGCACCCAAUCGAACGGUAGUGAGCGAUAGUACACCCGUUGCCGAAGCAAGUGACGGAUCUGGUAAAGAAAACAAAGAAUUAAUAAAUGACGGCACACGUAUCAACAAAGAACUCGCCCAAAUUGUAAACGAAUUAUCUGAAGAUUUAAGAACAAGUAGAGAUAGCCAAAUUUUGGCAAAAAAACAUUCUGAGCAUGGGAAAAAGGACAGGCGAAAACAGGUAUUACAACAGAUGGAGACUUCAGAGGAGUUAGAUAUUGCUGUCCAGACUUUAAUCGAAGAGGAUGAACGAAGUCGAAGCAGCAGUAAUAGCGAUGAAUCCGUUACAUGCCACGUGCGAAGCUUGUCGACCAUUGAAGAAGUGGCCGUUCCUUCUUUCAGUGAAGAUGAAUGUACUAUUAUCGAUUAGGAACAAUUUUUUUCUACUACAUCGCAGAUUAACGCGGAAGAUACCGCGAUACAUGUGGCUGUUACAACGUUUUGAAUCAGAGUUCACGAGUGAACUUGCUCAAUUUAUCAGCCAAACGGUUUAACUUCAAUUCAUCUAAGCCGCCAAUUAUUCUUUAUUAGGGCCUUGAAGUAAUCUCACUUGCUUUGGUUGCAUCUGAUGCGGUGAUGAACUGAUAUUUAUACAAAUAUUCAAAGUUAAUAAAACUUCGAUCAACGAUUAA